CGACUAUAACUUCAGUACCUUGGCCCAGAGCAGUUAGUACCUAAGUUCUGCUGGGGCCUGGUACUGGAUUCUCCCUCUUUUCCCAAGAAGUCGGCUGCAUGAAGAGAAGAUAACUUUAUUUUUGGGGACAGCCAACCUCCUCUCCACCCCUCCUCUUCUUCAUUUUCUUCCCACAAAGGUUCUGCAUGUCUAACAUUUAGACAUGUUCAGAUUUGUGGAUUCAAGGACUCUAGUGCUGUUCGCAGCCACCCAAGUCAUACUAUUAGCGCUUGUACGAUGCCAAGCCCAAGAAGAUGUCCUGGAUGCAGGGAGCUGCGUGCAGGAUGGGCAGAGAUAUAGUGACAAAGAUGUCUGGAAACCCGAACCCUGCCAAAUCUGUGUAUGUGACACUGGGACUAUCCUAUGCGAUGAGAUAAUCUGCGAGGAAACUAAAGACUGUCCUAAUGCUGAGAUCCCCUUUGGAGAGUGCUGUCCCAUCUGCCCAACUGAGCCGUCCACCACCAGUGAUCGGAAAUUACAAAAGGGACAAAAAGGUGAACCUGGCGAUGUUAAGGAUAUUCUUGGACCAAGAGGACCUCCAGGACCACAGGGUCCUGCUGGUGAACAAGGAAAUAGAGGUGAACGUGGAGACAAGGGUGAAAAAGGUGCUCCUGGACCCCGCGGAAGAGAUGGCGAACCCGGUACUCCUGGAAAUCCAGGACCCCAUGGCCCACCUGGACCUCCCGGACCCCCUGGCCUUGGCGGAAGCUUUGCUGCUCAGAUGACAGGAGGCUUUGAUGAGAAAGCUGGUGGUGCACAGAUGGGUGUUAUGCAAGGACCAAUGGGCCCUAUGGGACCUAGAGGACCUCCUGGACCAUCAGGUUCUUCUGGACCUCAAGGUUUCCAAGGAAAUCCCGGUGAACCUGGUGAAUCUGGUGCUGCUGGCCCUAUGGGUCCCCGUGGUCCUCCUGGCCCUGCUGGAAAGCCUGGUGAUGAUGGUGAAGCUGGAAAACCUGGCAAGUCUGGUGAACGUGGAGCUCCAGGACCUCAGGGUGCUCGUGGAUUCCCCGGAACUCCUGGACUUCCUGGAGUAAAAGGACACAGGGGUUACCCAGGUCUGGAUGGCGGAAAGGGUGAAGCUGGUGCUGCUGGUGCAAAGGGUGAAGGUGGUGCUCCUGGUGAAGCUGGUUCCCCUGGUCCAAUGGGUCCACGUGGUCUGCCUGGUGAGAGAGGACGUCCCGGAUCUUCUGGUGCUGCUGGUGCUCGUGGUAAUGAUGGUCUGCCAGGUCCCGCCGGUCCACCAGGACCUGUUGGCCCAGCUGGAGCUCCCGGAUUCCCAGGUGCCCCUGGCUCAAAGGGUGAAGCUGGUCCCACUGGCGCUCGUGGUCCUGAGGGUGCUCAGGGUUCUCGUGGAGAGUCUGGAACACCUGGAUCACCUGGACCUUCUGGUGCAUCUGGCAACCCUGGUACUGAUGGUAUUCCUGGAGCUAAAGGUUCAACUGGUGGUGCUGGUAUUGCUGGUGCUCCUGGUUUCCCCGGCCCACGUGGUCCUCCCGGGCCACAGGGUGCCACUGGCCCUCUUGGUCCCAAAGGUCAAUCGGGUGACCCCGGUGUUGCAGGUUUCAAGGGCGAACAGGGUCCUAAGGGUGAACUUGGACCUUCAGGUCCUCAGGGUGCUCCUGGUCCAGCUGGAGAAGAAGGUAAAAGAGGUCCCCGUGGUGAGCCUGGCGCAGCUGGUCCUCUUGGUCCUAAUGGUGAAAGAGGUGCUCCCGGAAAUCGUGGUUUCCCUGGUCAAGAUGGGCUUGCUGGUCCCAAGGGUGCUCCUGGUGAUCGUGGUGUCCCUGGUCUUGGUGGUCCAAAAGGAACUAAUGGUGACCCUGGUCGUCCAGGUGAACCUGGUCUCCCAGGUGCUAGAGGUCUUACUGGUCGCCCUGGUGAUGCUGGUCCUCAAGGAAAAGUUGGUCCAACUGGUGCAGGUGGUGAGGAUGGUCGUCCAGGACCUCCUGGCCCACAGGGUGCUCGUGGACAACCUGGUGUCAUGGGUUUCCCUGGACCUAAGGGUGCUAAUGGCGAAUCUGGCAAGCCUGGUGAAAAAGGAUUGGUUGGUGCCCCUGGUCUAAGAGGUCUGCCUGGUAAAGAUGGUGAAACUGGUUCUCAAGGUCCAAAUGGCCCAGCUGGUCCUGCUGGAGAAAGAGGUGAACAAGGUGCUCCCGGUCCUUCUGGCUUCCAGGGUCUUCCUGGACCUCCAGGUCCUCCCGGUGAGGGUGGCAAGCCAGGUGACCAGGGUGUUCCCGGAGAAGCUGGUGCUGCAGGUCUUGUAGGCCCAAGAGGUGAACGUGGUUUCCCAGGUGAACGUGGCUCUUCUGGUCCUCAAGGUCUCCAAGGUCCCCGUGGUAUUCCUGGUACUCCUGGCACUGAUGGUCCUAAGGGUGCUACUGGUCCAAAUGGUCCCAAUGGUGCACAAGGUCCACCUGGUCUCCAAGGUAUGCCUGGUGAAAGAGGAACUGGCGGUAUCCCUGGAGCUAAAGGUGACAGAGGUGACUCUGGUGAGAAAGGCCCAGAAGGUGCUCCUGGAAAAGAUGGCUCUAGAGGUUUGACUGGUCCCAUUGGUCCCUCUGGUCCAUCAGGUCCUAAUGGCGAGAAAGGAGAGUCUGGUCCUCCUGGCCCAUCUGGUAUGGUUGGCACCCGUGGUGCUCCUGGUGAUCGUGGUGAGACUGGCCCACCUGGUCCUGCUGGUUUUGCUGGCCCACCUGGUGCUGAUGGUCAGCCUGGUCUUAAAGGUGAACUGGGAGAGUCUGGCCAGAAGGGUGAUGCUGGUGCCCCAGGUCCUCAAGGUCCAUCUGGUGCUCAUGGUCCUCAGGGUCCAACUGGUGUUACUGGUCCCAAAGGAGCUCGUGGUGCCCAAGGUCCAGCUGGUGCUACCGGAUUCCCUGGUGCUGCAGGCAGAGUUGGUCCACCCGGUUCCAAUGGUAACCCUGGACCUCCUGGUCCUCCUGGAGGUGCUGGCAAAGAUGGACCAAAGGGUGCUCGUGGUGAUGGUGGUCCUCCUGGCCGUGCUGGUGAUCCUGGUUUGCAAGGUGCUGCUGGUACUCCUGGUGAAAAGGGAGAGCCUGGUGAAGAUGGUCCUAAUGGUCCCGAUGGUCCCCCUGGUCCUCAAGGUUUGGCAGGACAGCGUGGUAUUGUUGGUUUGCCUGGUCAGCGUGGUGAAAGAGGUUUCCCUGGUCUUCCUGGACCUUCUGGUGAGCCUGGUAAACAAGGAAGCACAGGAGGUUCUGGGGACCGUGGACCCCCUGGCCCUGUUGGCCCACCUGGUUUGACUGGACCUUCUGGAGAGCCUGGACGUGAAGGAAACCCUGGAUCUGAUGGUCCUCCUGGCCGUGAUGGUUCUACUGGCGUGAAGGGUGACCGAGGUGAGACUGGACCUGUAGGUUCUCCUGGUGCUCCUGGUUCCCCUGGUGCUCCUGGCUCUGUUGGCCCAACUGGAAAACAAGGAGAUAGAGGUGAAGCUGGUCCACAAGGUCCUUUGGGUCCAUCUGGCCCAGCUGGAGCUCGUGGUCUGCCAGGUCCUCAAGGCCCCCGUGGUGAUAAGGGUGAAGCUGGUGAGUCUGGAGAAAGAGGUCAGAAGGGUCACAGAGGUUUCACUGGUCUUCAGGGUCUGCCUGGACCUCCUGGUACUGCUGGUGAUCAAGGUGCCACUGGUCCUGCUGGUCCUUCUGGUCCAAGAGGUCCUCCUGGUCCCACUGGUCCUUCUGGCAAAGAUGGUUCCAACGGUCUGCCUGGUCCAAUUGGUCCACCUGGUCCACGAGGUCGUGGUGGUGAAACUGGUCCUGCUGGUCCUCCUGGUACACCUGGUCCACCUGGUCCUCCCGGUCCUCCUGGCCCUGGUAUUGAUAUGUCUGCAUUUGCUGGCCUGUCUCAGCCUGAGAAAGGACCCGAUCCCCUCCGUUACAUGCGUGCAGAUCAAGCCUCCAGCAAUCUCCGCCAACAUGAUGUUGAGGUUGAUGCCACUCUGAAAUCUCUGAACAGCCAAAUUGAAAGCAUUCGCAGUCCAGACGGAACUAAGAAGAACCCAGCUCGUACCUGCCGUGACCUGAAACUGUGCCAUCCUGAGUGGAAGAGCGGUGAGUACUGGAUUGAUCCCAACCAGGGCUGCACAGUUGAUGCUAUCAAGGUCUUCUGUAACAUGGAAACUGGGGAAUCAUGUGUAAACCCAACUCCAAGCAAGAUCCCAAAGAAGAACUGGUGGACAAGCAAGACCAAGGACAAGAAACACAUCUGGUUCGGAGAAACAAUCAAUGGUGGCUUCCAAUUCAGUUAUGGUGAUGACAGCUCAGCACCCAACACUGCCAGCAUCCAGAUGACCUUCCUACGCCUUCUGUCUAUGGAUGCAUCACAGAACAUCACCUACCACUGCAAGAACAGCAUUGCUUUCAUGGAUGAGGCAUCAGGCAACCUGAAAAAGGCUAUUCUUCUCCAGGGCUCCAAUGAUGUAGAGAUCAGAGCUGAAGGCAGCAGCAGAUUUACAUACAACGCCUUGGAAGAUGGUUGCAAGAAACACACUGGCAAAUGGGGCAAGACAGUUAUUGAAUACAGGACACAGAAAACUUCCCGCCUGCCUAUAGUAGACAUUGCACCUAUGGAUAUUGGUGGAGCUGAUCAGGAAUUUGGUGUUGACAUUGGCCCAGUCUGCUUCUUGUAAAAACCAAAAAGUAAAUAAAAUAAAUAAAAACCCUAAGGACCUGAGUACUUUCCAAUCACUUUUAGGACUUCUGCACUGAAUGGCUGAACCGACCCCAAAUUUCCAUUCAUCCACGCGCUUACAUUUUGGACACUUUUAUUUUGUAUUGCAAGGCCAGAACUGGGCAGACUGCGGAAUAAAAUCACGGUAUUAUUUAUUUAUUGUCUUCCUGUAAGACCUAUGGGUCAGGUGAAAGUGUGACACUAACUGGCAUGGUUGAAGGCUCCCCUAAACUGAUGUACGAAGUGCAGUUUAAAGCAUCCCUCCCCCCCUCACAGUGUAUACCAGCAGAAGUACUGUGUGUCAUUGAAUGAAAUGGUGCUAUUGUUGUAAAAAAGUUUGUAUUUUGUAACAUCAACUGAUAUAAAAAAUAACUUUUUUUGGAAAGUACAAGUUGAUCUGAGCUUUGUUCUUUUUUAUUUUUAUUAUACUGUAGAUAGCAAAGAAAAUUCCAGGAUAUUGAGUUUGUCUGCCCGUUUGUUUUUUAUUUCCAGUACAAGAUGAAGGAAGUUUAGGGCAAAAUCUACAACUUCCCAGGCUUAAGCUACCUCACACUAAGUAAAAAAAAAACUAGAAAGACACAAGUGUAAUUUUGAAGCUGAACUAAACAUACAGUAGAAGCUACGGAAUCAUGGAUGGAAAGAUCAUGAGUCGUUUUACCAAGAUAAGGUGCUUACCUUAUGUUUCUGGGUUCUCCAUUUAGUCGAAGACUAAAGAGACGGAUCAAAGAUCAAGGAUCAUGAUGAAUCAGUGGAGUUGAGAAUGGUAACCUUAAGUGUUGCUGUUUUAUGGUGGAACUUGGAUAAUGCCAAAGUUUAGCAGCUAGAGACAAUAAAAUCAGUAUUGUAGUAGGCAAGUGGAUGAUUUAUUUUAUUCAGGUUAAAGCCAUUCAAAAGUAUUCCUUUGUUGUUUUAUUCUUCCAAAUUGUGUAUGUGAAUUACUGAUCCCUGUAUCCUUUUCCUAAAAAAGAAAACUGGUUUCUCUGCAAAAAUGACAAGGGACAAACAGGUAGGCAUUUCUGGCCCAGAGGGGGUGGGGGAAGCAAAACCAGAACGGAUAAAGAAAUAAUAUGUAUUAUUUUGUAUAUGUAAAAUAGAUUUUUUUUUUAUUUUGCAAUACUGAUUUUCAGCAUGGUAGGCUAGCGAACAUGCCCAACACCAACACUAAUCUUUCUUGUGAAAUAAUUGUCUUACUGUAUCUUAUUUUCUAAUUUUCCCACCCCUCCUACUCUUCCGCAAUAAAGAUAAAAAGCUUUUUCUAUUAAAAAAAAUAAAACACG